AUGUCUUUGCAUGCCCUUCAGACUGACGGUAUCACUGAGUCGCUUGACAGUCAUGCAAACCAUGUGCAUGUGAAGGAGACGCAGGAUGCACACGGCAGACAUGCGCAGGUCCGUGUUUUAAGCUACAACUUCAACAUACUCCCUAGAGGCUGCGGAGGCUUCCAAAGUGAGCGCAUUAACAGCUUUCUGAAGUGUGUCAAUGAGUACGAUGUCUUGCUGUUUCAGGAGGUCUAUGCAGCUACUGUUCUGCCGUACUUUGUGCAGAAGCAUGUCUGUUACCAGAAGCGCUUUGUGGAUGAGCUGAAGGAUCGUGGUUUCACACAUUACGUCAUAUCAAGACAGCCGUCGUAUCCAACAAUUCUUCGCGAAAGCGUGCAUUCUGAUAACGGUCUCAUUAUCGCCUCUCGGUUUCCCAUUGCGCACUGCGACUCACAUACGUUUGACAGCAGUGAGCGCAGCAGCUCGGCUGUUCGGAGAGGCUGCCUUUUCGCGGAGGUCAUGGCGCCUUCGCAGGACGGUGGAAGUGUGCCCAUACUUUUCUUCAACGUCCACCUUCGUCAGGCGGAGGGUGCUGCUGCUACCUCUUUGCAGGUGAUGGAGACCCGGCGAUUUAUUGACUCCGUGAUUGGUACUUUGUACGCCGAGAACAAUGAGGCGAGUAAGAUUCCACUCGUGGUGGCCGGUGACUUUAACGUCAACGGCAUUGGCCUUCACGACGGGGGGCAGCCGGCAAAGCCGUUCACGGAACUUGUGCAAGAGCUGCAGCCACAGGGGGGUGGGCUGAGUGAUGUGAUACUUGACGCUUACGGCCAACACCCCCCAACCCGGCCCUCAAAGCUGUUUUUUCCGUCCCGGUCAAAAUUGAACCGAGACUCGCUGACGCCGCAAAGACAGGACUUUUUCUUUGUCACCCCUGCGGCAGAAGUUCGCAUGGCAUGCAUCCGAAAGUUUGUGGCAAGCAGCAGAAGACCGUACGUGUACCUUUCGGAUCACUUUGGUGUGUCCGCAACGCUGGGCGUCUGGGCAACGCAGCGGAGGGAGCCCUCGAAAACAGCGGUUCGUCCACUGACGACGGUGUCUAUGCCUGAGGACAUUGUUCACGAGCACUGCAAUCCCCUUUUGAGCGUGAGAAUGGAAUUUGUUCCUUUACUUUUGCCAGCUUGCGCCGCGAUGUACUUCAACUCUCUCAUGCUAUAUGGGCUUGGGAUCAUAUGGUUCCUACUGUGGUGGUUCAUCUCACGUAUCUAUGCCCUAAGUGAUGAGCGGCAAUUCGCCACUGUGACAAGCGCCAUUGUCGAGGGUAAGGAGGCCGUCACAUUACUCCACCCCAAGGAGUAUGCACUCCUGCAUGAGGUCAAGAGCCUUGCGGAGAUGUGGCAAAAAACGGUGUGCCUUCACAGGACGUUACGCUGUUUGGGACAAAACAAUGAGACGGAUCAGCCGGAGUGGCUCACGUACGCAGCCGUGGAUGCAAAAGUGCGGGAACUUGGCUCAGGGCUUUCUGCCCUCGGCCUCGUCCCAGGGGAUGUGAUUGGGGUGGACUGCCAGGCGAGCAGGAACGCCGUCAUUCUUGAGCUUGCUUGUGUCUCAUAUGGCUUUACCACAUUGACACUAGUGGGAAAAAGUAACGCUCUUCGAACCCUUAUUGAUGGGCAAUAA